AUGUCCAGCACUGCCCCGUCGAAACGCGGUCUUCUUGUGGCUGGCCUCACCACUGCAGUGGCGGCACCCCUUUUCGUGACACCCAGCACUGGUGCAGGUGCCUCUGCCCCGGUCCGCAGCCAUGCUGCAGCUGCUGCAGCACAGCCAGUGGCAUCCAGUAGCACCUCCAGCGGCGUUUCUGCUGUGGCACUGACGAUGUUGGGAGCCUCUGCAAUGGCUGGAGCUCGCCGUAAGAACCAGGUGAAGGUGGUCAGACAGGCCUCCGAGACUUUCCAGCAGCAGGCCAUGGAGUUUCCAGCAGCAUAUGAAGACAUCGCAGAGGUCAACAACAAGGAGAAGAAGGCAGACAUCAUCUGCACCAUUGGACCGAAAUCCUGGGAUCCGGAGGUCCUGGUGAAGCUGAUGAAGGCUGGCAUGAACGUCAUUCGAUGCAACAUGUCCCAUGGCGACCAUGAGGAGCAGAGCAUGAAGCUGGCCAAUUUGGAGAAGGCCUAUGAGUUGGCUCCCGAGUUCAAGGGCAAGAUGAAGAUUCUGAUGGAUACCCGUGGACCAGAGAUUCGCACUGGAACCUUCGAGGUCUACAACUCCAAGAAGGAUUUGAAGGCUGGACAGGACUUCAAGUUGGUGACUGACUACGAGCAGAAGGGCGACGAGACUAUGGUGGCCAUCACCUAUGCGCAGCUGCCCAAGAGCGUCAAGAAGGGCCAGCGCAUCCUGGUGCAGGACGGUACUGUCAUCCUCAUUGUGGAGGAGUGCGGUGACGACUACGUGAUGUGCAAGGUGGUGAACAACUGCAAGCUAGGUGAGAAGAAGAACGUCAACGUGCCAGGCGUGAAGGUCGAAAUCCCAGUCGUGGGCGAGCGCGAGAUCAAGGACAUUGCGGAGUGGGCUGUGCCAAACGAUGCGGACUACAUUGCUCUGAGCUUUGUCCAGAGCGCGGAUGAUGUCAAGGACUGCAGGAAACACUUUGGUGGAAAGGACAUCAAGGUCAUUUCCAAGAUUGAGAACGUUGAGGGCCUCAAGAAUUUUGAAGAGAUCCUGGCCGAGUCCGAUGGAAUCAUGGUGGCCCGUGGCGACUUGGGCAUGGAGAUUCCCAUGGAGAAGGUUUGGAUGGCACAGAAGAUGAUGCUCAAGAAGACUAAGGCCGCAGGGAAGUACGCCGUGUGCGCCACAGAGAUGCUGGCCUCCAUGGAGGACAAGCCAUUCCCCACCCGUGCCGAGGCGUGUGACGUGGCCAACGCCAUCCUGGAUGGCGCCGAUGCGGUGAUGCUGAGCAGCGAGAGUGCCAUGGGCAAGUUCCCCGUUGAGACCGUGAACACCAUGAGAAGAAUUGUUGAGGAGGCUGAGCAUGCCCUUGUUUCAGAGAAAGUUCCUGCUUAG